GGAUUAGUCAGAGGGUAAAUAGCACGCGUAUACGAGGAGAACUAGGUUUACCAAGCCCCAGAAAGAGGUCGCGUUAGGCCGGCAUGUCCCUGCCGAUGAAGCAUGUAUAAACUAACACACGGGGACAUAGUAUCAUAGCAUGAUGAGCAUUCGCGAAGCCCUGCUUUCGGUCGAGGGCGAGGACGCACCCUCCAUUCAGCCAAUUAUAGACGCUCUUUCUGGGCUAGGCUUUGACGAGCGUAAACCGGCUCGCGGCAGCUUUUCUGUGCUACAAGCGGACCAAGUGGCAGGCCUGACUGUUGCGCAGCGGUGCACGCUUCAGGCAGCCGUUCAAGCUGUAGCGGCUGGCCGGGGCGCGGGGAGCGCGACAGGAGCUGGUGCCAACACGUUCAAUGACACGACGGCCACGUACCUCAAGGCCUGCCUGCCUGCGUUCGACGCACACCAACUGUGGGGUUCCGCUUCCCAGCUGCGCCUGUUGCUGGCUGAGACCAUAACCCCUGGCCUCCCGCUGCCAGCGCCUGCGGCCGCACGCCUGUUCCAACAGCGUGCCGAGCUGGAGGGGCCGCUGGUGUCGACCGCUGCCUCUGCUGCGGCUGCAAGCGCGGAUGACCUGUCUGCGCACGUGCGGCAUGUCAUGCUGGGCAUGAAGCCGUGUGUCGGGUCUGAGAUGUACACUGCGAAAACCACCUCUAUCGUUGUGGAGGACACGCUGCGGCUCAUCGCCGAGCGCCAGCCGGAAGCAAUGCACAUUCAUAUGGACCGCAACACGACGGACGCAAGCGAGGCAACGAUCAAGAGCUUGCGACCUGGCUUCAUGUGCUGGGUCAACGGAGCACUGGUUCUCAAGGGCGAGGAAAAGGCCCAUUCGCGGCAGCUUGAAGCUGCAAUCAAGGAGCUGACAACCAAGAUGUCGACCGCAUGGGCAGCGGGGCUGGUGCCGGACAAGCGGCCGCCCUGCAUGCUGGCUUUCGCCGCAGCAGGGACACUGCUGCAGUUCUUCUGCAUCCAGCCGCCGGAGUCGGACGGAGACCGCGUGCAGGCCACGCCGAUCAGCGCUGUGCUGGACCUCACCACUGCUCUGGGUCGGCUGCGGGCAUUGACUGCCUCGUGCAACAUCUGGCGACUGCUUGCUGGCUACGCCUCGCAGGCGCCCACCGUGCCCCUGGAGUCCGGGCAUAUCAUGCGCUCGCCGGACGGCCUGCGCACCUGCUGCCUCCUGCAAGGCUUCUUCCGCAAGUCCAUCGCCAAUUUUGCAACCGAGCAGGCGCCGUUCGCCAGCUUUGAGCUGCUGCAGGACGUGUACAGCCAGAUGUCGAAGCCGGAGCACCGGCGCCACAUCAUCCAGGUGUACGACAUCGAGGGGCACGCCGGCCCGCAGCUGUUGAAUGACGUGUACACGGUGCACGUGGCGCCGGUGGGGGUGCCCUGCCAGGGCGCACCCGCCGACCUGCGCACUCUCGCGCGUGCGGUGUCCGGCGUGCUGCGCGGCCUUGCGGCGCUGCACAGCGAAGGCUUUGUGCACCGUGAUGUGCGGUGGGCCAACGUCAUCUUCCUGCCCGCCGAGAGGCGCUGGCUGCUGAUCGACCUGGAGCACGCCGGCCUGCACGACUGCGACUGCAGUGGGGCGCCGUACCCGCUGCAGCACUGGAGCCAUCGCACGCUGGACGCCGGCGGCAAAUACACGUUCCGCUCAGACCUGCGCAUGCUGGCAGAGCAGCUGCUGUGCUGGGUGGAGCUGGACGAGGGCGGCAGGGACCUGCGGCAGCAGCUGCUGUCUGGCCAGCUCACGGCGGCGGCGGCACUGGAGCACGAAUGGCUGGUGGGCUCCGGGCUGGAGUGAAUGAACUUCGAGGGGUAUGUGGGGGUGAAUGUGGAGGAGAUUGGGUAUGCGAGCCGUCCCAGACUCUGGGAUGGUGAGCAGACUGAUACCGUGUCUGUCGGCGCCUGGAAGAGUUACUUUGCGCGGCGGCAUCAAAUAACGGGGCCGGUCGCUGUGUGGAGUGCAGCUGCUGAUGUGCAGUGGGUGGGCGGUCAAGCGACCCGCUUAGCUGCCACAGGCAGGUAGCGCAUGUCCACGGCUCCGGUCAUCAAUUGCUCUUUCUGAUGAGCGAUGCCGUGGCCUCCGCGUCCAGGCCACGGCAUCGCUCAUCAGAUAGAGCAAUUGAUGACCGUGAGGCGGCGACUGCACGCACGGGGGGUCAGCUGCUGAGGCACUGCCGGCAGCACGUACGGUAACGCGCAGUGCGCGGUGCACUGUGUGUGGCAUUGUGGAUGGCGCACAUUGGGGCCGCGUGAUUGAUGUAUGCCAUAGCUUCUCAUGAUGGGGCCUGCGGCUUUCCCGGCUGAGGUGGUGGUACUGUGCAGCGGUACAUGUAAUGGAUGUUUUUCGGCUGACGAGAGGCAUUGUCAAACCUUCAGCCUCACACUGAUGCACGUGGUGUGGGCUAAGCUCAUUUCUGCCGCAAGAAGGGAGACCUGAAGACUACGUACCUUACUUGUCAAGCCCUGGCGGCUGUACUAAUGGCUGCACCUGCAAUGCCAGUACGGUAGAAGACGGUUGGGGUUUACGCCAGUAGGAAACCGGUUGGGUCUGCGCCAGAAUAGAUCUUGGGGGUGUUUUGCUGGCUGUAUGAGGCAACCUGCUGUCACGCCAAACUGAGAGUUGUAUUGUUUGCGGCGGCGGCGACCUAGGGCCAGGGUCUGUGGACGGCACGCAGUGGCGCUGACGGUGACGGCUCUCACAUUGUGCGCAGUAGCGGCACGCACGCAUGUGCAGAAGAAGGCCACGAGGAGGUGGAAAGCGCGGCGCCGACGAGCAGGUUGAGAUAUGCUCAUGUUUAGUUCGGGGUCUUUGCUUGCAAGCAUUCGGAAGGCGUGGCUUGCGAGCCAGUUGCGAGCCGGUUGCGAGCAUGCUCGUGCACACCACCUUGUAUCCAACAACAACAACAACAGGUUGUGACCUGAUGUUUGUUAGUGUGCUUGAGCUUGCCCCCACCUAAGGCCUCAGACUGGUGCGCGUGGUGUGGGCACAACCCAUUUGGACCCCAUGGGCCACUUACUUGUCCAAUUGCCGUGAUGCGUGUUUGUGCUGUGUGCUGUGCUGUUGCUGGAGUGGCCC